UUUCUUCUUUCUCCUACAAAAUGAGGAUGUGCUAGAGAAUCUAUUCAUCUCUCUCGUCAAGGUCUCGGUGAUGUCAACGGGAGAAUUCGAUUUCAGCAAUUUAUUCGUGGCAUUGCCGACAGACCAAACGCCUGUCGAAACGCCUCAAAUGCUGUUGGUCCGCAUAGUUAGCUUUAUCGUCUUCGUGCUUUUCAUGGUGACAAUCACGAUUUUGUUCAUGAAUCUGUACACAGGCGUGGCCGUUGACGACGUUGCCGAAAUCAAGGAAGAGGCCACGGUUAACAAGUUGUCAAUGCAGUUGGAUUCGAUACUCAUGCAAGGCAUCAUAUACGAGAAGUUGAUGCGAAACGCCAAAUACAAGAUCAUUGUUGACUUUGCAAAAGACAAAAGUUCAACGAAAAUUGAGGACAAAAACGCUCAACCAAAACGAAUAAAUCUAUACUCAAAUCCAAGUGACGAAUGGGAGGAAUUGUUGCGGAAACGGGACGAAUCGACGAAUCGUUCUAUGGAAACAAGAAUGACCGAAAUGGCUGCUCAUUUGUUAGAGAUGACAAGAAUGCUUAAAGCAAUCCAAGCAAGUCAGCAAGCAAGCCCAGCAGUUCAGCAAGCAAGCCAAGCAGGUCAGCAAGGAAGCCAAGCAGAACGAUCAUCU